AACCCCUCCUCUGUUACGUGACUCUGUACCCAGAAAACAUUUUGCAUACUUCUUGAGCUUUCUUCCAUAUUUUCCGACCUUUUUUUUUAUUCCGACAGAAAUGGCCGGGAUUGUUGUGAUUUUCGAUUUCGACAAAACCAUCAUCGAUUGUGACAGUGAUAACUGGGUUGUUGAUGAGUUAGGUUUCACCGAGUUGUUCAACCAGCUUCUUCCUACCAUGCCCUGGAAUUUUCUCAUGGACAAGAUGAUGAAGGAGAUUAAUGCACGAGGGACAACCAUUGAUGACAUUGUUGAGGUUCUGAAACGAACACCCAUCCAUCCCAGGAUCGUCCCCGCCAUUAAAUCAGCUCAUGCUUUAGGAUGCGAACUCAGGGUUGUUAGUGAUGCAAAUAUGUUCUUCAUUGAGAAAAUUCUGGAACACCUCGGAUUGAGACAAUGUUUCUCGGAGAUCAACACGAACCCUAGCGUUGUCGAUGAAGAUGAUAAGCUAAGGAUCUUUCCUCACCAUGAUUUCACCAAAAGCUCCCAUGGCUGCAGCCUCUGCCCUCCAAACAUGUGCAAGGGGAUGGUGGUGGAGAGGAUUCAAGCUUCUUUUGAAGGGAAGAAGAAGAACAUUAUAUACCUUGGAGAUGGCAGUGGGGAUUACUGUCCUGCCUUAAAGCUUGGAGAGGCGGACUAUAUGAUGCCAAGGAAGAAUUUCCCGGUGUGGGAUUUGAUUUGCAGUAAUCCUAUGUUGAUCAAAGCUGGUAUCCAUGAAUGGAGCGAUGGUGAAGAGCUGGAAAAGGUUUUGCUGCAAAUAAUCAACACGGUUGCUGUCGAAGGAGACGGUGACAAAUCUUCGCAAUUGAUCUCCUCCGUCGAUUGCAAGUUGCAGACAAUAUCAGCAUCGACCACCGCCUUGCCGCAGGCCAUGCCGGUUCCUCAAUAGGGUCAUGGUUACAAUCAUAGAUGUUUCGUUUACACUCAUGAUUGUAUCUUUAGUUAUUGGACUAUCAUAAACCAAUCGGACUUAGGGGAUGUUUGUUUGACUCUUAAUGAAACCAUUCAACGCUGAAUGCCGGUUCAAUAUUCAGCGCGUUUGUUUCGCA